UCUCCAGGCGUGUCAGAAUAGGUCAGCUGGAGCCAGUGGCAGACACAGUCAGGCUAAGAGCAUCUUGCUCUCCAAGGCCCAGCCCAGGCAAGGGAGGGGAUAAAAGUCUUGUGCCGGGGCCUCAGGGCAGGAACUCACACACCUUGACUCUCCUCUGUCUGUCUGCAGCUUGUGACUUUGGGUCCCUGCCAUGUCUCUUUCUCCCUGCCGGGCCCAGAGGGGCUUCAGUGCGAGCUCAGCCUGUUCUGCCCUCUCCAGGGGCAGAGGCAGGAGUAGCUUCAGCAGCAGGAGCCUCAGUUCCUUUGGGAGAUGCCGAGGAAGCUCUCGUGGAAUGGCCUGGGGGUCAGGGGGAAGGCUGGGGGUGCGGUUUGGGCAGGGGAGUGGUGGGCCUGGGCUUUCCCUGUGCCCUCCAGGGGGCAUCCGGGAAGUGACCGUCAACCAGGCUCUGCUGUCGCCAUUGAAGAUUGAGAUUGACCCCCAGUUCCAGGUGGUGAGGACUCAGGAGACCCAAGAGAUCAGAACCCUCAACAACCAGUUUGCUUCCUUCAUUGAUAAGGUGCGGUUCCUAGAACAGCAGAACAAGGUCCUGGAGACCAAGUGGGAGCUGCUGCAGCAGCUGGGGGUGAGUGACAGCCCUCGGGGCCUGGAGUCUUUCUUCGAGGACUUCCUGGCCCAGCUCAGAAAGCAGCUGGAGGAGCUCCAGAGACAACGAGGGGCUCUGGACGCCGAGCUGAAGUUCUGCCAGGACCAGGAGGAGGAGUACAAGGCCAAGUAUGAACAGGAGGCCCACAAGCGGGCCACUGUCGAGAAUGACUUUGUGGUUCUCAAAAAGGAUGUGGACGAGGUGUUCCUGAGCAAGAUGGAAUUGGAUGGCAAGCUGGACACUCUGAGGGAGUACAUUUGCUUCUUGAGGCGUCUGUAUGAAGAAGAGCUGGGUCAGCUCCAGACCCAGGCCAGCGACUUGUCCGUGGUGCUGUCCAUGGACAACAACCGCUGCCUGGACUUUAGUGAAAUCAUCGCCGAGGUCCGUGCCCGGUACGAGGAGAUCGCUCAGACCAGCAAAGCUGAGGCCGAGACGUUGUACCAGACCAAGUACCAGGAACUUCAGGCGUCUGCCCAGCUGCAUGGGGACAGCAUGAAGGACACCAAAAUCCAGAUCUCUCAGCUGCAGCAGGACAUUCAGAGACUGCAGAGUCAGAUUGAGAACCUCAAGAAGCAGAAUGCCAACCUGGAGGCCAAUGUGGCAGAUGCUGAGCAGCGUGGGGAGCUGGCUCUUAAAGAUGCUCAGACCAAGCUGGCUGAACUGGAGGCCGCUCUGAGAACCACCAAGCAGCAUAUGGCCCAGCUGUUGCGUGACUAUCAGGAGCUGAUGAGCACAAAGCUGGCCCUGGAUGUGGAGAUCGCCACCUACCGCAGGCUGCUGGAGGGCGAGGAGUGCAGGAUGUCUGGGGAAUGUACCAGCCAGGUCACUAUCUGUGAGUAUCAGGGGAUUUUGGGAGAAGGGUCCCCAUGGGGACCCAAGGACCCUGCUGUGACCCUGGUGUAUUUCUUGGCAGCCAUGGGGGGAGGCAGCGCCAUCCUGCCUGGAGGAGCUUGUGAUAGCGCUUGUGGACUUGGAGGUGGAAAAGGCACUUUUGGGUCCAGCUGCUUCAGCGUCGUGACUGGAGGCUCCAGCGUGGUCCUGGGCUCAGGGCAGGGCCCUGUUAUGGGCUCUUGCUCUGUGUCUGGCUCUGGCUCGGGCUCUAGCUGCCACACCAUCCUGAAGAAAACAGUUGAGUCAAGUCUCAAGACAUCUGUCACAUACUGAAUGCCAUGGCGACCACCUGCUCCACUGCCUUCCUGAACUCGUUCAGCCCUGGCCCCACCCCUUACCCCCAUCCCUGCGUGUCCAUUUCUGUGUCCACUACCCACAUGGGAUGCUGUAAAAGUCAAUAAAGUCAUGCCUACCUGCUCUUCUGA